AUGAAUCUAGAAGAUGUAGCCAUACAAGGGAAACAAAAUCCGUUCUUGGUGCACAUUAGCUUUUACGAGGCUCGGAGAAAGAUGCUCGAGAUUUUCUGGCAUGUCGAAGGUAUGCCUCACGAAGCUGUGCGCAUUAAGUUUUCAAAACUAACCCCGGGAACGGCUGCCAGAUUCAAGGCUGUCGUCGUAUCUGGGAAUGUUCCCCUUCUGGGCAUCUGUCUGAACGAGUACCGGAACGACUUCCAAUUGCCGCCGGGAGCUACUAUGCCGAUGCUUGCAAAUGAGGAUGUAGCGCGGCAUCGCCUCGACUGGCUGAAUCCCGAUGUGCUACUGAUUGCCGCUGUGAUUUAUGCUAGCCGCGACAAUCUGGGCAAUGUCACCUACCUCAAUGGUGUAAGGGCGACCGAGCUCGCGGGCGCGAAGCCGACCCUCGAACCGAUGGCUGGGCUGGAGUGGCCUCCGCACCUCCGCCCGGGACGCCACCGGUGCCAUACGCACGAUGCCAUGCUUCACCGGACAUAG